UCAGACCCAUGGAAAAACCAUUAUCACAUCAACCCAUUAAACCGAUCAGCACAAUCAACGGACCGCUACAUCUGCCCAACCUGUAACAAAGCCUUCUCUCGACCCAGCAGUCUCCGCAUCCACAGCCACAGCCACACGAUGGAGAAGCCAUACAAGUGUCCAAAAGGCUGCGGAAAGGCGUUCAGCGUUCGCAGCAACAUGAAACGGCACGAGAGGGGCUGCCAUGGA